CUCUGAUGUGCCUGGAGAAACAAGACCUGUGCAACAAGUUCAAGGGGCGUGUGCAAGCGGUUUCUCCCAGAGCCAGGUCGCCCUGGGUGGAGUCCAAGUCCAUGGAUUACUUUUUUGAAGUCACUGCCCCCACCAUCUUCAAACCAUCAGUCAAAUCUAGAUGACCUCGAACAGACUGUCAGUAGAAAUGGACAUUAAAGAUUCUGCCAGAAAAAAAAAAAAAAAAGAUUCUGCCAGUGAGAGCUUGGAAGGAAGCGAGGAGCGUCAUAGAGAAAAUCUAAGUCUCCUUCAAGAAUUCUUAAAUCAUCGUGAACAGACUGUUAGCAGAAGUAUGGAUACUAAAAGCACUGCCUCACAGAAGAAAGUGAGGAACAUGUUAUUGAAAAUUUCAGGAAGGGGGAUGCCUCUUAUAUACUGGCAAAAAGAUUAGCAAAAUUGUGUCCUGUCGGUAUGUGGAAAGCUGACCUUGUAAGUGAUGAAUCUGGACAUUUAUCAAGGAGAUUUGAUAAUGUUGUGUUGAAGGCAUGGCCUGGUUUAUUCUUGGUAAUCAUAGCAAAAUGCAAGGAGGAGAGAGAGAAAUUGAGGAAAGAGCCUAAACAAAAAGGAACCAGGACUUGAAGAUUUGGGAAAUUCUUAACCUAUCCAGAUGGCAAAAGAUACUAAAAUUAAGAAAUUGCUGCCACGAGUGUGACGUAGAGAAACAGCAAAGUGUGUGGUUGUACAAUCAUUUACUAAAACCUCAGAAAGAUCAAAGUGUUUAGUCAAGAAAAAGGCUCUUUGAAGAGAUUUAAGGGUAUGACACACAGUUCAGUUCCCCUCAGUCAAAUCAAGGAGCCUCUAGAAAGCUGAAGUGUCAUCCCUCAGCCAGCUCAGCUAAAGCCAAAAAUAGAGAAGGGCUUAUCUCAAAAAGAUUUGUGGAACUGGCUUCUGUCUAAUGGAGUGGGUCCUCAUGACAUCCACAGGAGACCCAUAAAAUUCUUGAGAAUUUUAUAUCAGCAGAAACACUGCCAGCUUGAACGAAAAGGGGCAGAGAGGACAGGAAAAGAAAGAAGGCUACUGGUCCCCCAAUUUCUACUGGAAGGAAGCAGACUGGUAAAACUACUUAGCUGCAAAUACCUGCUACCUUUCAUGAAAAGGAAGGAUGAUUCAGAGGGUGGAACCAAGAGCCCAGAGAGCAGAGCUGAAAGCCAAGGAGAAGUAGUUCCGAAGCCUUAAAACCUAGUACAGUUUGUGUAGCUGGAUUUCAAAACUGCUUCAGCCCAGUGACUCUUUUUUACCUCCUAUUUCUCCCUGUUUGAACCAAAAUGUCUAUAACUAUUACCCAGCGCCUAUCCCACCACCUUAUAUUGGGAGCAGAUAACUUGUACUUUAUUUUCACUGGUCCACAAAUGGAUAGGAAUUGUGUCCCAGGAGCUGUACUGAAUGGAUUGUACCCAGAGUCUCACCUGAACCUGAUUUAGAUACUUUAGAUGAUGAGAUUUUAGAACUUGAGUUGAUGCUGUAAUGGGAUGAGACCCUGGGGUACCUUGGGAUGGGGAGAAUGUAUGUUGCACUGGAGAGGGACAUGAAUUUCAAGGAGUCAGAGGGAGGACCAUGAUAGACAGAAUGACUCCCCCAAAGAUAUUCAUGCUCUAAUCCCUGAACUUCUGAAUAUGUUGGAUGUUACUAUUACAUGGCAAAAGGGAUUUUAAUUAAAUUUAUGGGUGUUAAAGUAGUGAGAUUAUCUUGGAUUAUCCAAAUGGGCUCAAUCUAAUCCCAUGAACCCUUAAAAGCAGAGAACUUUCUCCAGCUGGAGGCAGAAGAAGGGAAAAUCAGAGAGAGUUGAAGUGUGAGAAGGAUUCAACAUGGUGUUUCUGCUUUGAAGAUGAAGGGGCAACGUGAUUAGAAAUGCAGGUGCCAGGACUUCCCUGGCAGUCCAAUAAAGACUCUGUGCUUCAACUGCAGGGGGUUUGGUUUCAAUCCCUGGUCAGGGAACUAAGAUCCCACAUGCUGUGCAGCGCAGCCAAAAAUUUAAAAAAAAAAAAAAAAAAAAAAUUCAGGUGCCUUCAGGAGCUGAGAGAGGGUCCCAGCUAACAACAGCAUAGAAAUAAACCUCAGCCUCACAACCACAAGGAACUGAAUUCUGCUGACAGCAUGAAUGAGCAUGGAAGUGAAUUCUCCCCCAAAAUUCCAGAUAAGAGCCCAGGCCAGCUGACAUCUUGAUUUCCACCCAGAGUUGAGGACCCCAUCAAGCCCACCCAGACUCUGACCUACAGAACUGAGAGAUAAUAAAUCCGUGUUGAUUUAAGCCACUAAGUUCAUGGUAAUAUGUUAUGGCAGCAACAAAAACUAAUACAAAUGAGCAGGAUGCUGACAGACCAGUGACAUGUGAAGGGCACCCAAGUGGAAGGGAUGACACGAGUAAAGGAAGGUUAACUGUCUCUGGGCUGGGAGAGGAGCAGGCCUGCCUGGAGGCAGGGGGAUGGAUGCCCUGUGGCCCCCAGAAGGUCCUGAUGGGUCCUGUUCUGUUUCUGCCAGUGGAGCCAGCCCCACCUGUCCUGGUAUUCACCCGGACAGACGAGAUCCUGAGUGUCAAUGCCACGUACGAGCUGCCCCACUGCAUGCCCCAACCAGAUCUGAACUAUGAGGUGGCUUUCUGGAAAGAGGGGGCCAGGAAUAAGACCCCGUUUCCAGCCACUCCCCAUGGCCAGCCAGUCCAGAUUUCUCUCCAACCAGACACCAGCGGACACCACUGCCUCAGCGCCAGAACUAUCUACACCUUUGGCUACCCUAAAUACAGCGAGUUCUCUGAGCCCACCUGCUUCUUCCUGGAGGCCCCAGGAUCCAACUGGGCACUCCUGGUGCUGCUACCCCUUCUGCUGCCACUGCUGUUGGUCGUUGUCACAGGGCCUGUGAUCUGGAAGAGCUUCAGGGGGAACCCCUGGUUUCAUCAGGCAAAGAUGCCACAGGCCCUGGACCUCUCUGGACACAGACACCCCGGGGCAACCUUUCAACCCAGUGGUCCAGAGUGCCUGCAUGUCUUGAUCCUCUGUCCCCAAAAGGAGCUGACCAGACGGGUCAGGCUGACCCCUAGAGUCAGGGCCCCAGCCACCGUCCAGGCGGGAUCCGAGAAGGACAGCGCUGAGGAGGAGAAGCACGACAAGGAGAACACAGAUGAGGAGGACACGGACGAAGGUGUCAGCUUCCAGCCCUACACUGAGCUACCCCGCUUCCUGGGGCAGGAAGCCCAGAGCCCGGGGCAUGCUGAGGCAGGAGGGCCCUGGACUCCUCUGGUCCAGGUCGAAGGCUCCUCUGCUUGUGAUUCUUCAGACAGAAGCUGGGCCAGCACUGCAGGCUCCUCCCCCUGGGACGAGGCUGGGUCUUCUGGCUACUUGGCCAAGAAGAGGCCAGGCCGAGGACCGGGUGGGAAGGAGCUCCAGAAGCCUCUCCCACCACCCGAAUUCUCCGAGGAGUCAAGUUCCCUGGAAGAGCCCCCAAAAGACAACCCAUCCUCCUGGGUCAGCUGGGGCUUACCAUCGCCAGGGCUGAUUCUGGUCCCCAGGGAGCCCCCAGUUUCUCUUCAGACACUGACCUUCUGCUGGGACAGCAGCCCCGAGGAAGAGGAAGAGGAGGAGGAGGAGGAAGAAGAGGGUGGGAGGGAAUCAGAAAGUGAGGACAGCGGUGGCGGCAGCUGCGGGGCUGAGAGUCUCCAGGGGAUUGAGGUCAGAGGUAGGACACUGGGGCACUACUUGGCCAGGUGAGCCGUCCCUCCCAGUCUGGUGCUGCUGAACUCUCUGGGGACCCAGCAUGCCACCAAGACUUGAAAUCCUGGGAGCACCAUCGCUGGGGCAGCAGAGGGUUCUUACAGCACCUCGGGGAACCCAGCUAGAGGUGUCUGCCAGGUUGAGCAGUCAGAAGCCACCCCAUCCUGUGACCUGCCAGCUUUGGGCCGAGAGCCAAGAGGGGUGGAGACAGGGAUGGGCGGAGGUCAGAGGUUGGUUGGGUGUCAGACCACCCCACUGUCCCUGGGGUGACAGGCCAGUUGGAAAAGUCAUCCCUGCACAACAUGAAAGAGGCGAGGUCAGGUCACAGGGGACAUUGAAGGCUGACAGCACAAGGGCCCAUCUGGAUUUGGGGAGGGAAGAAAUCUGGAGGCACACCAAGUGUAGCAGGACUCAUGCCUUUCUCCAGCACCCGCUGGGCUCCCUCCUUCCCGAGGCUCGGCAUCCUGAUUUAUGAGUCCCCUAGAGUGGGCCCCAGUGAAGAAAAAUCCAGUUGGCUGAGGGUGUUGGAGAGGAAGAGGAAGGGCAUGGUCCUUCAAAUCCCAGUCUCUGAGUCAUGCAUUGCACAGUUGCCAUUAUCAAAGAGGCCUGGGUCCAAAUCCCAGCUCUGCCAUUUCCCAGUUGUGUGGCCUUAGGGGAGAUACCUUCCUUCUCUGUACCCGAGUCUCCUUUCUACAGCUCCCACCUGGGGCACGGUGAGGGUUCCGACAGAGGCGUGUGAUGCCUGCCACACCAUUGGCACUCACCACGUGGUGGCUGGUAGGAUUCUCCAUCCACCCAGACUCUGAGCGGACCGCUGGGCAUCUCCCACCUGUGACCCUAAAUUCAGAGUGACUGGAGUUCUCACCUCUAGUCUUUCUCCUGCCUCCUGCUCUCGCUGACCCCUGCCUCCUGGUCAGGAAACUGAGUUCUCAGAAGCUGGAGCCCAGCCAAGGGUCCCUCUCCCUUUUCCCAGCGAAGAAAAUACCAAAUGGCCCACCUUCUAGGGGGUCUGAUUCAUUGGUGGUGGGGUAGCAACCCAGCAGGGAGUCGGACCCCUGGGCCUGUGAUCCCCAUCUUAGCACUUCAGACCCUUUAGGUGACCAUUGUGGUUGUAAAGACAUCCCAUUUCCUCUUCCAGUUUUGAGAAACCACUGUCUUCUGGAAACAGGUGACUGUCCUUACCGGAGGGUAGUGAUGGAUGUUCUCAAACAACAGCUUUAUUAACCUACACCCACCAGUAUAUGGAUGAGCAGAGCUGAGUCUUCACUCGUUAGACCAACGUUUGGUCAGUUUUGUGGCCCUGCAGGGACCACAGGGAUCAGAACAAUCCUUGGCUCUGCCAUUUCACCUGCCAGGACUUAAGUUCCUCCAUCUGUGUAAAAAGCAUCUUCAUAAGCAUUUUAUCCACCGGGCUGUGCUGUUCUGAAGCCAACGUGAGGGUAGGACAUUAAUGAAAGAUCUGGAAAAGCUUCUCGAGGGCAUCUGGUCCAGGGGUUCUCAAACUGUGUUCCCAAAAGGCCUUGGGCUUCACGGGAGGCGUCUUAAUCUCAGGGGGAGCCGUGGGCUGUAGGAUCACCCCAGUGCAACCAGAGCAGCCUCCCUGGGCCCUGAUUUUCUCCAGUGGCCCUCUACGUAAGAUUGUGCUUAGGAGUUUCAACUGCUAAAGAAAACGUUAGCAAACCCCUUUUUAUUUUUUUUUUAUUUUUAUUUUUUAAAUUUAUUUAUUUUAUUUUUGGCUGUGUUGGGUCAU